CCGUCACGGCUUCAUUAUCCCCGGUACCCCUGCUUUUUAUUUUCCAUUUUAUUGUAAGCUUGAACAUAUGAACUGAUGAGAAAGAACUGAGGUCUACAAGUCAAGAAACAAGCAGAAUCCAGAGCUUUAAUGCCGUGCCGUCCCAGGCUCAAGAUUGUGCAGCUCUGCACUUCUCAUCUUCAAUUCCCUUCAAAGUUUUACAAAACCAUAUAACAAAGCAAAGCUAAAGAAUAAAGCAAUUUGUUUUAAGAAAGCUAACAAAAACUGUUUUUAAAGGCAUUAAUCCACAGCUUGAAGAAAGUUAAUAAAAGAACAAGAUUAACCCAAUACAUAUACAAGGAAGGAGAUAAUAAGAAAUAUUGGAAGAAUUCGAGAAAUCAUGCGAGGGAGAGAGAUUCUUGCUGUGGUAAUAUUGUUCUUUGGUGUUCUUCUAACGACAUCGUUUGCUGCCAAUGUGACGUAUGAUCACAGGGCCUUACUGAUCGAUGGCAAGCGCCGUGUCUUGAUCUCCGGCUCCAUUCAUUAUCCUCGCAGUACUCCCGAGAUGUGGCCAGACCUUAUACAGAAAUCCAAAGAUGGAGGUCUAGAUGUUAUAGAGACUUAUGUUUUCUGGAACGUGCACGAACCAGUUCGAAACCAGUACAAUUUUGAAGGAAGAUACGACCUGAUGAAAUUUGUGAAAUUAGUAGCAGAAGCUGGACUUUAUGUUCAUCUUCGCAUUGGUCCAUAUGUUUGUGCAGAAUGGAAUUAUGGCGGCUUUCCUCUUUGGCUACAUUUUGUACCUGGAAUCAAGUUUCGAACUGAUAAUGAGCCAUUCAAGGUUGAAAUGCAGCGAUUCACGGCGAAGAUUGUGGAUAUGAUGAACCAGGAGAAGCUUUAUGCAUCUCAAGGAGGACCCAUCAUUUUAUCACAGAUUGAAAAUGAGUAUGGGAACAUUGAUUCAGCAUUUGGUCCUGCUGCUAAGAUCUAUAUUAAUUGGGCAGCAAAAAUGGCUGUAUCUCUUGAUACUGGUGUGCCCUGGGUCAUGUGCCAGCAAGCAGAUGCUCCUGAUCCUAUUAUAAACACCUGCAAUGGAUUCUACUGUGACCAAUUUACCCCAAAUUCCAAGAACAAACCCAAAAUGUGGACUGAGAAUUGGAGUGGGUGGUUUCUAUCCUUUGGUGGUGCUAUUCCCUACAGACCUGUUGAAGACCUCGCAUUUGCUGUCGCACGAUUUUACCAGCUAGGGGGAACUUUCCAAAACUAUUAUAUGUACCAUGGUGGUACUAACUUUGGCAGGACUAGUGGUGGACCCUUUAUUUCUACAAGUUAUGAUUAUGAUGCCCCUCUUGAUGAAUAUGGACUUCUUAGACAACCUAAGUGGGGCCACCUGAAAGAUCUUCAUAAGGCCAUAAAGCUUUGUGAAGAAGCAUUGAUAGCAACUGAACCAACAACUACUUCUCUAGGUUCAAACUUGGAGGCAACAGUCUAUAAAACAGGAUCAGGAUUAUGUGCUGCUUUUCUUGCCAAUAUUGCUACUUCCGACAAAACAGUAACUUUCAAUGGAAACUCAUAUAUUUUGCCUGCCUGGUCUGUGAGCAUCUUACCAGACUGCAAGAAUGUAGCUCUCAAUACUGCAAAGAUUAACUCUGUGAGUGUUAUUCCGAGCUUCACUCGUCAAUCUCUGGUGGGUGAUGUUGCUUCCUCCAAGGCUCUCAGCUUUGGCUGGAGUUGGAUAACUGAACCAGUGGGCAUCUCAAAGAAGGAUGCAUUUGUAAAAUCUGGACUAUUGGAGCAAAUAAACACUACAGCAGAUAAAAGUGACUACUUAUGGUACUCAUUAAGCACUAAUAUAAAAGGUGAUGAGCCCUUCCUUGAAGAUGGUUCUCAAACUGUUCUUCAUGUGGAUUCUCUUGGCCACGCUCUUCAUGUUUUUGUUAAUGGGAAACUUGCAGGGAGCGGAACAGGCAAGAGCAGUGCCAAGGUUUCAGUCGAUAUUCCCAUCAUAGUUAUACCUGGGAAGAACACUAUUGAUCUCCUAAGUUUGACUGUUGGACUAUCUAAUUAUGGAGCUUUUUAUGAUUCAAUUGGUGCUGGAAUAACUGGUCCAGUAAAGCUGGUAGGGCAAAAUGGCACUACUGUUGAUCUUUCUUCACAGCAGUGGACAUAUCAGAUUGGACUUCAAGGUGAAGAAUUAAGUCUUUCUAGUGGAAGUUCUUCACAAUGGAUUUCACAGCCUAACUUGCCUACGAAGCAGUCUUUGAUAUGGUACAAGACCAGUUUCAAUGCACCUGCUGGCGACGAUCCUGUUGCAAUUGAUUUCACAGGAAUGGGAAAGGGUGAGGCAUGGGUGAAUGGACAUAGCAUUGGACGUUAUUGGCCAACCAAUGUGUCUCCAAAUAGUGGUUGCACUGACUCUUGCAAUUACAGAGGACCUUACAAUUCAAAAAAGUGCCGGAAAAACUGUGCAAAGCCUUCUCAGACAUUGUACCAUGUACCUCGUUCAUGGGUGAAAUCAAGUGACAACACUCUUGUAUUGUUUGAGGAAGUGGGUGGGGAUCCGAGACAGAUAGUUUUUGCUACAAAACAGAUUGGAAGUUUGUGCUCGCACGUUUCAGAGUCCCACCCAUUACCUGUAGAUAUGUGGAACACAGAUUCAGAAGCAGGAAAAAAAUCAGGACCUGUACUAUCACUGGAAUGCCCACAUCCUAAUCAGGUCAUUUCUUCAAUCAAGUUUGCAAGCUUUGGAACCCCACAUGGAACUUGUGGGAGUUUUAGCCAUGGCCAAUGCAGCAGCAGUAAUGCUCUUUCCAUUGUACAGAAGGCUUGUGUUGGAUCAAAGAGUUGUAGCAUUGGCGUGUCGAUCAAUACACUUGGGGAUCCAUGCAGGGGAGUUAAAAAGAGUUUAGCAGUAGAAGUUUCCUGUACAUGAGAUGUUGCUCAAAGCAUUCACUUUGGUUGGGACAUAAUCAAAGCAUUGUCCCCAAGUAAGCGCAAGGGAAGCUGCCUCGUCCUCCCACGUUGUAAUGCUUGCAUAAUAAAUAGUAAUUGAAAGUGCUCUAAUCAAAUGUUCAAUAGUGGUUGUGCUGUUUGAUGAAGCAUCUUCAAUAUCUUGAAAAUAUCCGAAGCUAGAAAUUUAGGAUCUUGAUCCAUUCUUAUAAAAGCUGGAUCAAUCUUGAAUUUCUUCAAAUAUAAUUAUGCAAGACCAUUGAUGCAACAACAAUAUUUAUUUGAGUUGCAUAUAUAAAAGAAGGCAUAUCUCACGAUAUCUUCCA